AUGGGCUGUGGACUUCUGAAAUAUAUAGACGGCCGGGGACUCAAGGCGCGCGUCUCGGCCGCUUUCUCUGCCCUUGGAAACCCUAGCAGAGCCUCCCAUCUCUUCUCCCUUGUCGUCUCGAUCAAAACCCUGAACCUAGAAUCCUCCUUUCCUUUCGCCUCUUCUGUCUUCGGGCGCCGGAAUAUGGCAUCAUCGGUGCUCUCGGACCGCUCUUCGCCGGCGACGGCACGGCUUCUUCCCUUCCAGAGGAGCGCACAAAGUUGGAAGUCCCAAUUCCAACGCUCGGUCUCGAUCGCGUGGAAGCCCUUGAGGCUGAAUGUGAUUCGAUCAACUGCCUCUCCGCAUCGGAGCUUAUCGGCCGUUGCUCCAGUGGCUAUGACUACUGAAACCUCUGCUAAGGUUAUUGAUGGCAAGUCAGUUGCAAAGCAAAUAAAAGAUGAAAUUGCUGGAGAAAUUGUGAGGAUGAAGGAUGAAACUGGCAUUGUUCCUGGAUUGGCGGUCAUUCUGGUAGGUUGUAGGAAGGACUCUCAAACAUAUGUCCGCAAUAAGAAGAAGGCUUGUGAAGCUGUAGGUAUCAAGUCUUAUGAAGCUAAUUUGCCUGAAGACAGCACAGAAGAAGAUGUGCUUAAGCACAUUACAUGCUUUAAUGAUGAUCCAUCGGUUCAUGGGAUUCUGGUUCAGUUGCCCCUGCCUCGUCAUAUGAAUGAGGAGAAAAUUUUGAAUGCUGUUAGUAUUGAGAAAGAUGUGGAUGGUUUCCAUCCACUGAAUAUUGGUCGUCUUGUUAUGCAAGGUAGAGAACCCUUGUUUGUUCCCUGUACUCCGAAAGGAUGCAUGGAGUUGUUGCACAGGUGUGGUGUUGAGAUCAAGGGGAAAAGAGCUGUUGUAAUUGGGCGGAGCAAUAUUGUUGGAAUGCCUGCUGCAUUAUUGUUGCAAAAAGCAAAUGCAACCAUUAGCAUGGUUCACUCUUCCACUAAGAACCCUGAGGAAAUCACAAGACAGGCAGAUAUCAUCAUUUCAGCUGCUGGAGUAGCUAACUUGGUGAGGGGUAGCUGGAUAAAGCCUGGUGCAGUUGUGAUAGAUGUUGGGAUCAAUCCAGUUGAUGAUGCUGAAAGUCCUCGUGGUUACCGGCUGGUUGGUGAUGUCUGUUACGAAGAGGCCUGUAAGGUAGCUUCUGCUAUUACACCAGUUCCUGGAGGAGUUGGUCCAAUGACCAUAGCGAUGCUACUAUCUAACACACUCAGCUCAGCAAAAAGGAUACAUGAUUUCAAGUGAUACUUGAAAUCUCAUUAUAAGUUAUAUUAUAAGUUCAUACAGCUGCUGAGUUUAUACCCUACAAUUUUGGGUGCUUUUGGAGUUGAAUCUGUGUUUCUAACCUGGAUGUUUUUGGUCCACCUGAAAUGGGUUAAUUAUCCCAUGGGAUCAAGUAAUAAAUGAAUAUUUACAUGAGUUAAAGAAGAGAUCGCCACUCUUGGCUUGAUUUAGGAA